CGAAAAAAGCGAGAGACGGUUUCUAUCCGAGCUGUAGCGAAAAAAUUGUUAAAAUAAUCGUUUUAUUUGCAAAAUUUUAAUACAAUUAAAUUUUCUAAGGAAUGGCUGAUCGUGUCGAUAAAUCAGCAAGUAGUUAGAUCUCACAAAGUCGGAGAAAACUUGCUAUAACCUCUUGAUCCGAUUGACUUUACUAAUUAUUAUUCCUUGUAAUUCUAAUCGGGAUCGUAAUUUUCGAGUGUUGUUUAUAUGCAUAAAUAUCGCUGUGAAUUCGUGCUGUGCGUGCUUAGUUAUGUAAAAGUGAUUUAAGAUGUGAGUGGAUGAAAAUGAGUUUUAUUUCGUGUAAUUCGAUUACAAAGUGUUUUUGUGGUGUUUGUCGAAUGUUGCGGUAGGAUUGCAAUGUCCAGACUCGUGGACUACUUCGUUAUUGUGGGCUUCGACCACGAGAAAGAAAGAGGCGGUCUGAGCAACGGCAUCAUCCUCCAGAGGUUCCCAGAGAAGAACUGGGACGACACACCCUUUCACGACGGCAUAGAAUGGUUCUGCCAGCCGCAAGGAUGGGCGCUGUCGACGGAGCGGUCGGAGCCGCGGUUCUACGUGUCGGUGCUGACCGACGUGGACGCCAACCGCCACUACUGCGCCUGCCUCUGCUUCAACGAGACCGUCGCCAUCACGCCCACCAAGCCUGCCGACGAGGACGAGGAGUCUCUGGAGUCGACGCGGCCGGUGGCCAAUAUCACGCACCACAGCAUCAUGUACGCGCCCAAGUGCCUCGUCAUCGUCUCCCGCCAGGACUACAUCGACACGUUCCGUAAUUGCCUGGGCAUAAUCUACACGGUGUGGGUGGAGAACCUGGGCGUGCCGUUAGAGACGCUAGUGGGCAACCUGGUGGGCGGGGUGUUAGUACCGCCCCCUGGCGGGCCGCAGGUGCGGUUUAGCAUCGGCGCCGGCGACCGCCAGGCGUUACAGCCUCCAGCAGCCCCGCCCCUCCCCGUCACGCAUACGGCUGUGCAUAUGCUGUUGCGACUACUCGGUAUCCACAAAUCAGUACUCCUAUGGCUAGCUGUAAUGAGCGAGCACAAAGUGCUGGUUGUAUCUCUGGCGGCGGCGCGGUUGGCGGCGGCGUGCCGCGCCCUCGCAGCGCUCAUGUAUCCGUUCCGGUAUGCGCACGUCUACAUACCGCUGCUGCCCGCGGGAUUGGCGGAGGUGUUGGCCACGCCCACUCCAUUCCUCAUCGGUGUUCAUUCCAGCCUCAAAGACGAUAUAGCGGACUUGCUGGACGUGAUAGUGGCGGACCUCGACGUGGGUUCCCUCCACAUCCCGCAAGGCGUAAACAUUCCCGUGCCCGAAGGACGACUGCUGUCCUCACUACAAGCUGCUCUCGCGCUGGUGCUCCAGCCCGAGCUGCGGUCCGCCGACUCCGCCUUCGCCCCGCCCCCGCCCGCCGCCUCGCCCCCGCACAUGUUGGACAAGGAGAUCCGAGCGGUCUUCAUGAGGACGCUGGCCAAACUGUUGCAGGGAUACAGACACUGUCUGACGAUAAUCCGCAUCCAUCCUACCCCGGUGCUGACGUUCCACAAGGCGGGGUUUCUGGGCGCGCGCGGGCUGGCGUCGUGCCCGUUCGCCGCGCGUCUGCUCGAUUCCAUGUUCUUUAACGGGGUAGUCGCCGAGCGCGGCCCCCCUUGGCGACCUACCGACAUAUGGGACGAGUUACUCCAGAAUCUUCCGGAACAACUUAGGUUGGAGUCCCUGAACCCUGAGCUAGAGCUGCAGCACAUACAAGACCUGGCGAUGCAACUGCACCUCAACGAAAAUCCCAACCCACAAGGUGUGUUGCCGCAGGCGUACGCGCAGCGCGUGCUGCGGCCGCCGGAGGGCGCGGCGGGCCGCAUACACCAGCCGCCGCUGCCAACGCUCGACGCCGCGCGCGUGCAACAGCUACUGGCCGAGCACGCCGCGCGCAACGCCACACACAAGUUGGCGGCGGUACGCGCGCCGGCGCCGCGCAUCAUCCCGCCGGGCGCCCCGCCCACCGGCGCCGCGGAGCACUCGCAGCUGCUGCUCACCAACUCCGCUAGACGACUAGAGGUUCUGAGCGCGUGCAUCGCUGCCAUUUUCGAGUGCCGGUACGCGGACGCUCGCAAGUCGUUCCCGGCGGUGUUGCGCGCGCUGCGGGCGCCAGCGGCGCGGGCGGCGCUAGUGCGGGACCUGGCCGCGCGCUUGCCCACCAACAAGCACCUGCUGCAGCACCACCAGUUUGACCUGGUAGUUAGGCUAAUGAAUUGUGCGCUGCAGUCAGCGAGCGCGUUGGACGAGCAUAGCAUAGCGGCAGCCAUCUUGCCGCUGGCGACUGCGUACUGCCGCAAACUGUGUACCGGGGUUAUACAGUACGCCUACAUGUGCAUACAGGAGCACCAAGUAUGGACGAGCCAGCAGUUCUGGGAGGCGGCGUUCUACCAGGACGUGCAGCGCGACAUCAAGGCGCUGUACCUGCCCAGCCCCGCCCACCAGCCGCGCGUGCCCAGCCCCAGGGAGGACGACGAGUAUUUAUCGUUAUUGAAAGCGCAAGAACCGAGUGCGCUCGAGAUAGCGGCUGAACAGAUGCGAUUAUGGCCCACCUUACCUACCGAAAAACAGCGCGAGUCGAUAGCGAGCGAGGAGUCGACGUUGUACAGCCAAGCUAUACAUUACGCGAACCGCAUGGUAUACUUGUUGCUGCCGCUAGAGGGCGCCGGGAGGCGGGACGCACGCGACGACGACCGCGCAAGCAACAGCAUCACAAACAGCGUGGCGGAGUCAGACAGCGCGGACGCCGAGUCGGGUUUCGAGGAGGUGGAGCCGGGCGAGGCGGGCAACAACGUCAUCAAAAUGGUCUCGCGGUUCGUCGACAAGGUGUGCACGGAGGGCGGCGUGUCCGCAGAGCACGUGCGGUGUCUGCACCAGAUGAUCCCCGGCGUCGUGCACAUGCACAUGGAGACGCUCGACGCCGUCGCACGAGAGAGCCGCCGUCUGCCGCCGGUACAGAAGGCGCGGAUAGCGUGGCCGGCGCUAGUGGCGGGUGAGGCGGGGGCGGGGCCUGCGCUUCGUGCAUUGCUACUCGCCGACGGCCGCGCCCCGCCUGCGUUACCGGCGUUACUGCCCGCCGAGGGCGCGCUCUUCCUCACCAACUAUAGGAUUAUAUUCCGUGGCACACCGCUUGAUCCGUACGCGUGUGAGCAGACUGUGGUACGUGCGUUCCCGCUGUGUGCGUUGACGCGGGAGAAGAGCGUGCGUACACAACUUGAACACGCAACUGCGGAAGGGCUACAGCUUCGCGCCGCCACUUUCCAGCUGCUCAGGGUGGCACUAGAUGAGGAGGUGUCUAGCGAGCAGACGGAGGUGUUCCGCAAGGUGCUGGCGCGGCUCCGCCACCCGCAGCACCCCACGCUGCACUUCGCGCUGGCCCCGCGCGCCGCACCCGCGCCUGACCUCGCGCAGCCUAAACAUACUACGCUCAAAGGCUUCGCGAAGAAGACGCUGCUGAAGACCGCGCGGCGCGCCGGCUUCAAGCCCAAGCCGUCCAAGCGGCAGAAGUACGUGCUGCCCGCAGACUCCCGCGCGCUCACGUCGCCGCCGCUCAUGGCCUCGCACUCCGCCGAUACGCUCUCACUGGAGGAGUUAGAACUGGGUUCUGGUCUUUCGGCGCUGGUAGGGGAGGCGGAUACCGCGCACUCUCGCUCGCUGGAGCGCGGCCGCGAGCGCGUGUACGCUCGCGACUGGACGCGCCUCGGUCUCGCCGCACACCCCUUCCGACUUACGCACGCCAACGCGCUGUACUCGCUGUGUCGAAGUUACCCGGCGGUGCUGGCGGUGCCGGCGGGCGUGGCGGACGAGUCUCUGCGGCGCGUCGCACGCAGCUACCGGCACGCGCGCCUCCCCGCGCUCACGUGGCGACAUCCACGCACACGGGCGCUGCUCGCCAGGUCUUCGGCAUCCCAUCACAAAGGCGUGAUGGGUAUGCUAAAGUCCAGCCAUCAAAAUCCCGGACAAACACAAAGUGGUACUGAACCGACGUCGAGUUUAGAACAAGAGCGGUACCUGGCAGCGUUGGUGGCUUGCACGCCGAGUUCUCGCGGCGACCUGGACGACUCCAGCCUCAGCCUGGACUCGCUGCUGCUGUGCUGCGAGGACCAGCCACACCACACGCCGCUACUCACUAAGGCGCAGGGCACGCUGGUCGGCACGGUGGGGCGUGGCAGCGGCGGCAAGGGCGCGCGCACGUGGGGCCGCUGGGGCUCGCUGAAGGAUCGCCGCGCGCCCGACGCCGACCUCGUUACGCGCAUGUCCACCGCCGAUCUCGAUUCCGUAUCUGGCGAGGGCGGUGGCAGUGCAGGCGGGGCAGGGGGCGGGGCGCGGCGGGCGGCGCUGUACGUGUUUAUAGACAAGGGCGGGGCGAUGGCCGCGCCCGCGGGGGCGGAGCCUGUGCCCGCCGACUACCCGGACGCGCGCGCCACCAAGCACGCGUUCAAGAAGCUGCUGCGUGCUGCCGCGCCCUCUACGCCCGACUCGCCGGAGGAGGCCGGCUUUUUGAGGCUAGUGGAGGAGUCAGGGUGGCUGUGGCAGCUGCGGCAGGUGUUCCAGCUGGCGGGCGCGGUGGUGGACCUGCUGGACGUGCAGGCCUCCUCCGUGCUGCUCUCCCUCGAGGACGGCUGGGACGCCACGGCACAGAUAUCGGCGCUAGCGCAGAUCUGCCUGGACCCGUACUACCGCACGAUCGACGGGUUCCGUAUACUAGUUGAGAAGGAGUGGCUGGGGAUGGGCCACAAGUUCCAACAGCGGUCCAACCUGGCCGCCACGCCGCAGCAGGGCUUCACGCCUACAUUCCUCAUGUUCCUUGAUGCUGUGCACCAGAUCCAGAAGCAAUUCCCCUUGGCGUUCGAGUUCAACGAGUACUACCUGCGAUUCGUCGCGUACCACACGGUGUCGUGUCGGUUCCGCACGUUCCUGUUCGACAGUGAAGCGCAGCGUAUUGACGCAGGAUUAGAGGAGCGCCGCGCAGACGCCGCGAGACUGGGCGUGGAGACGGACGGGGCGGGGGAGGAGGAGGCGGUGCGCGCGGGGGGCGGGCUGUUCGAGUACAUCGAACGGUUGCACCAGCGUGCACCUACAUUCUACAACCUGUUGUACACGCCGGAUCUCGACAACCCGGUUCUACGUCCAGUGAGCGCAAUAAGCAGCCUGGAGGUGUGGGGGUACUACGUGAGCGAGGAGCUAGCUCACGGCGCGCCCUACGAGCCCGAGCUGUGGCCCGCCGAGACCGAGCCGAGAGCGCCGCGACGCGUUGUUGCCGCUGGAUACGACAGUAUAUCGCGGUGCAUGCCGGACGCGUUCACGGGGCUGCUGGAGCGGCUGCGGCAGCUGGAGCUCGAGCUCGGCCACCUGCCGCAGAAGUGGAAGGUGCGAUGGGAGCAGCUCGAGCUGCCUAACACGUUAGAGCUGCAGCGCAACGCGUCGAUGUGUAGCGGCGUGGUGCGUCGCGCGACUUGCGCAGCUCACCGGCGCGGCACGCUGGAGGUGUUGGCGCGCGCGCGACUCGCGAACGCCCCGCCCCACGCGCACGCACACGCGCCGCAACACCGCUGGCUGCCAGCCGCUGCGGCUGCGCCCGCCCGCUGCGAUCACUGCUCCGAGUUGUUGUGGGGACCGCUUGAGACUGGUGUGCGGUGCGUGGACUGCGGCGCGGCGGUGCACGAGCGAUGUGCGGAGCCGCUGGCGCUACCGUGCACUAAAUACAAGGCGCCGCCGCCGCCCGAUCGCGAGCGAGACCGCAACGUCGCUAACAGCGUGGCGAGCUUGCAGGCGUCGCAGCAGUACUACGAGCAGUUCUCGUCCAACGUGGCAGAGAACCGCACGCACGAGGGACACCUAUACAAACGAGGCGCGCUGCUCAAGGGGUGGAAGCAGAGAUGGUUCGUGCUGGACUCUAUCAAACAUCAGCUUAGAUACUACGACGCGAUGGAGGACUCGCACUGUAAAGGGUUUAUCGAGUUGUCAGAGGUGAUCACAGUGACGCAGGCGCCGCCCGCUCCCGGACCGCCCAAGAAAUGCGACGACAGGUCAUUCUUCGAUCUACGAACGAGCAGACGCACAUACAACUUCUGUGCUAGCGACGCCAACGCUGCGCAGGAGUGGAUUGAAAAACUACAGGCGUGUCUGCAGUGAGAACGUUACUCGUACCUUCUUAGUAAUAAAAAACAGUGGCGGCCUUAUCCAUUGCGAGGCCCCGGGGGCGUUAGGUCUUUGCGAGGCAAUUUGUCUGUGUUCGCCACCCCCGCCACAGGCACUUUAUCAGGGCCGCCACUGAUAAAAAAUCACAAUGGAUAUACUUUUCGAUGUUUUUGUCCUUGUUAAAAGUUAUAUAAGUCAAUUAUGACAGACAGAGACAAAACAUUUUUAACUUAUUCAUUGUGUAAGAUUAUUUAAUAGACUAUAGAGCAGUCGGAGUUAGAACGAGAGAAUCGGUUUCAUCGAGUGUAUAACCUAUACACCGGGAAUGUUUCGUAUGAAAACAAUGCCGCCAAAACGCUGCACAAACUGCGCUCUGAUUGGCCGAUACUGUUGCAACUGCGCAGCCAUUGGUGCAGCGUUGGUGUUCGAGACUAUCAGACCUUGUAGUGAAAAAUCAUCGAUAUGUGAUUGGGAAAAGUAAUAUAGUAAUAUCAUUUAUGAUGAUUAUAAUAUACUAGGCGUCUGAUCAAUUUAAAUCGGUAUUUAUAUAUCAGCUUAGUAUCCAAAGUAAAAUAAUGUCAGUCUUUUCUUUUUCAAAAUUAUCCGUACCGUCCUGAAAAUACUUAACAUAACUAAAAUGUAAGUUUUUAUACUAUUUGGCAUAUGUACCAAUUGAUUUCAAUUUAAAUGUGCAUUUAUUUUGUAACUUGCCUUUAGUUCGGAAAGGGUUUUUAUAUUCUUCAUGUUUUGUUCAGGGUAUUUUUUAAUAAAUUUUGUUUACUUUUUAAAUAAGGCAAAAAUAAAUUUAAGAGUUUAAGAAAGUUAUAUGCCAUAAUUUAGAGUUUUAACAAUUUUCGGGAUGACUUCGUAAUAAAAGGUUUGGCCUGUUGUAAGUAAGGCAAUCUGCAAACAAUGCUAUAUAAUAUUGACUAAAAUUUCAUUUCGACUUUAAAAAAAGUAUAAAUAUUCUUGACAAAUCUAUUGACUAAAAACAAAAUAUUCUAUGACUACAUCUCAGCGGACAGCGUAACCCGAUUUAAAUAAUUAUUGUAGGGCGAUAGAAGGUGGUGUUUUUUAAUCGUAUAUCUUACUAUUAUAUAUAAUUUUGUAAACAUGACAAUGCUAUCUAGUUGUUACUAUAGUCCAUUCGCGUUAAGAUUGCAGUGAGCACUUUAAAUGUAAACAUCAUUUGACGCGAAUGCUGCGAAUUGCAAUUUUAACCCAAAUGCACUCUAAUAUUAUAUUGGAAUCGGUCGAAUUCCAAAAGAUCUCGCCACAGAAUAGUGCUUUUAGAGAUUAUAGAGGCAACCGCAAAACUCCGCUUGUAAACUUAUUUUAGUAGAUAUAAAUGGCUCAUCUUGGCGAGGGCACUCCCGUGCCUCCAGAUUUAGGGUGAACCAGUUGAAAACUGUGCCAUAGAUGCGAAAGGGAAAUCGUUACAUUAUUUGGUGCUUAAGAGUAUGCAUGCCAUUUUAAAGUUUGCUUUGCGAGGUUGCUUUUAAGUUGUUCAUACGGUUUUACUCCAAAUCGAGUAAAACCACCGUGUGGACCGCAAAACUUAC